UUUCGAUUAUUUUACAUUUACUUUUUUCGAGUAAUAUAAAGAAAUAUAAUUUCGUAUAUGGCUUUUAUCAAAUUUAUUAUUAUUUGUACAACAUACCAAAAUUUCUGUCACAUAUUAAUUGUAAGGUUAUACGUAUAGAGGGAUUUAACCUACACAAGCUUAUAUACCGAUAUAAUAGGUGUAUAGUGAAAACAGUUUUCCUUACUGCGUUUGUAGUUUAUAUUUUGUGCUUAUUUGUCGCUAAAGUCGCAUACGCUACGAGUGUGAACAGUCUUAAUAUCAUGAUAUAUAUCAUGUGAAAUAUAUUUUAACUCGGUCGAUAUAAUUGAUUGUAUCAGUAAAGUUCUAAAUAAUUAUUAAUUAUAAUAAUUAAACAGAUAUAUUUAUUACUAAAAAUUAAAGUUAAAGAAUAAUUUUAAUAAAAAUUAUACGCCCGAUAUAAUAUAUUUAAAAAUAAAAUGCACAAUAAUAAUGCAAUUUCCUGAUGCAACUCCCGUUUCUUCGAAUGUAAUUUCGUGCAUAUUUUUAAAUAGUGUGAAUCUGUGUCAAAAAUUUUAUUUACAAAUAAAAUUUUAUAUGGUUCUAUUUUAUAUGGUCUCAUCAAAAUAAAAAAUUUUAAACGUUCUAAUAAAUUAAAAGAAUAUUAUCAAUGUUGUUUCUUCUCUUUUGGAUUAUUACACUAUCAUGCAGCAGUUUUGCAAAACCAAACUUUCUUUUAAUAAUGAUUGAUGAUUUAAGAACAACACUAGGAUGUUAUGGAGAUCACAAUUCAUAUACACCAAAUAUAGAUCAUUUAGCAAAACAGGGUAUUAUUUUUUCUCAGGCAUAUGCACAGCAAGCUUUAUGUGCACCUAGUAGAAAUUCAAUAUUGACUAGUAGAAGACCAGAUACAUUACAGUUGUAUGAUUUUUAUAGUUAUUGGAGAGAUACAGUUGGUAAUUUUACAACAUUACCAGAAUAUUUAAAAAAUAAUGGAUAUAAUACUAUGUCUAUAGGAAAGAUAUUUCAUCCAGGUAUCAGUUCUAAUAAUUCUGAUGAUAGUCCUUAUUCUUGGAGUGAAAAACCUUUUCAUCCAUAUACAAAUCGUUAUAAAGAUGCACCAGUGUGUCAAACUACCAAAAAUUCACUUCCUGCGCAAAAUCUUGUAUGCCCAGUGGAUUUAAAAUUCAUGCCAAAUCAAACAUUGCCAGAUAUUGAAAUAUUGAAAAAAGCCAAAAGAUAUAUACAAACACAUAAAAGUGAUAUUAAACCAUUUUUUUUAGCUGUUGGAUUUCAGAAACCACAUAUUCCCUUAAAAUAUCCUAAAAAAUAUUUAAAAUAUCAUCCAUUAGAAAAAUUUGAAGUUCCUAAGCCAUAUGUUUGGCCAAAUAAUACUGAUAGUGUUGCAUAUAAUCCAUGGAUAGAUCUUCGCAAAAGAAAGGAUGUACAAAGAUUACAUCUAAAAUUCCCAUGGGAAAAAAUACCAAAGAAUUUUGCCAAGCUGAUUAUACAAUCAUAUUAUGGAGCUGUGUCUUAUAUCGAUGACAUUAUUGGCAAGCUUAUAUAUCAAUUGCAUAUUUCUAAGAUCUUGCAAAAAACUGUUAUCAUAUUAACUUCUGAUCAUGGAUGGUCUUUAGGAGAACAUGCAGAAUGGGGUAAAUAUAGUAACUUCGAUGUCUCAGUACAUGUACCUCUAAUAAUGUCGAUACCUUUUAUGACAUUUAAUAAAACCACGGAAUUUUUUAAUAAAUAUAAUGCAAAUACGAUAGAUAAAUUUAAGUUCGAAUAUAAAGGAUAUACAAAUUUAAGAUAUUUUUUCUCUAAAGAAAAAGGAGAUAAAAAAAAUGUUACAUUUUUAAAACAUAUAGAUAAUUUUACAAAAACAGAUGCUAUUGUAGAAUUAGUUGAUAUUUUUCCUACCAUUGCUGCAUUAGCAGGAAUUCCAGUACCAAUUUGUUCAAACAUACAAAAGAAACUUGACAAUAAUUACAAACAUUCAUCAGUGUGUACAGAAGGAAUUAGUCUUUUGCCUCUUAUCAGAUCUGUAUUGCAUAAAAAAGUAAUACCAUGGAAGAAAGCAGCAUUCAGUCAAUAUCCAAGACCAGGUAUAGAACCUACAUUACAUCCCAAUAGUGAUGAACCACAUUUAAAAGAUAUAACUAUUAUGGGGUACAGUUUAAAAUCACAUGAGUAUAGAUACACUGCGUGGAUACCAUUUACAUCAGAAAAUAAAACAGCUAAUUGGAAAAUUAUCAUUAGCGAAGAGUUAUAUAAUCACAAUUAUGAUUCAGCAGAGUAUUUCAAUUUAGCAAGAUCUCCAAAUUUCUUAAAAAAGAAAAGUGAAUUAAAAACGUUGCUCAGAGAUGGUUGGAGAAAAGCAUUGCCAGAUUAUAUUUAAUUGCAUAAAAAAUUUUGAGAAAAUAUGCUAAAAAAUCUGCCUUAAAAACAAAAUUCAUAAAUAAGUAUCCUUUUUUGCUUCCUGUUACAGAAAUUAGAAUAAAUAUAAUAUAUGCUUGUAUAUAUAGUGUAAUAUAAACAUAUAAAUCUAAUAAUAUAGAAUACAAUAUAUAAGCGAAAUACGUAAAAUGAUUGCGGAAAUGAAUAUAUAAAGUUUUUUGUGCAUUGUGUAUUAUAUUGUUAAAAACAAUAAAAUAAACUAAA